AUGGACGACGCCUCCCUUCCCGCGCCGCUACCAGAGGACUUCCUCGCCACACCAGCUCCCAACAUCACGGUCGACCGCGUCGACUUUCCCAAAACAACACUCCCCGAAUACAAAAACAGCUACGCAGUCAUCCUCGACAACGUCCUCAGCCACGAGGAAUGCAACACCCUCCUCCGCGCCGCCGAAGCCACGGCGCCAGACAAAGGCUGGGAACGAGCAAUGGUGAACGUCGGCAUGGGUGAGCAGAAGCUCAUUCUCGACGCACGCAACUGCGGACGGAUCAUCUGGGAUUCGCGAGAUAUGGUCGCCAAAAUCUGGAAGCGCAUCGAGCAUCUGCCCGACGUGCAAGAGAUUGCGCGCUUGGAGAACGCUGCUCAUAUCUUUGGAGUCGGACCGGCGAAGAGAAAGGAGGUGUGGAAGUUCACUCGACCGAAUGAGCGCAUGCGGUUUCUGAAGUAUGUCGGUGGAGAGUACUUCAGAGCCCAUUGUGACGGGGUGUACGAAACGCCAGAUCGGAAGGAGAGGUCGUACUUCACUAUGCACCUCUACCUCAAUGACGCGGGAGUCGUCGCGGAGGACGAGCUCGAAGGUAUGAGCGAGAAGCAGCGGACGGAAGACGUCCAGACCGUCCUGACAGGUGGAGCCACGACCUUCUUUGCGCAUGACAUGAGACGCAGAAUCGACGUCCAGCCCAAGACCGGACGCAUCCUGCUCUUUCAACAUCGAGGCCUACUGCAUAGCGGCGAAGACGUGGUCUCGGGCGUAAAGUACACCAUGCGGACGGAUCUGAUGUAUACCCUCUUCGACGAAACAGCAUCUGAUCCCCCUCCUCGUCCGCCGCCGGAGAAAGUGACCGAGGGCACCGAUGGCGUCUCCGAAGCUCGAGCGUACGGGUACUUGACGAGUAGACAUAGUUAA